AUGGCGGCGCGCAACCCCGGUCCUGUGCUGAAUCCGCCCCCGAUUGGAUUUCCUUCUUUCAAUCGCCGCUGCCAGCGUGACUGGCUGGCGCGGCGCGCCUUCGCGGAGAACGAAGUCAACGGCCGGGUCUACAAGAACGUGUACCAGAAUCUCGGCUUCAAGGGCCCCAUUCCCAUGCUCAACAAGGUCGGUCAGUACCGCAUCCGCAUGCGCUGCAUCUCCGGCGGCUACAGCCGCGGCAUUUUCAGAUUCACCAGAAUGGCCCGUAUGGGCAUGCUGCAGCUGGUCCGCGAAGGCUGGCUCAAGAAAUACGGCUACCGGCCUGCGCUCUUUCGCUGA